AUGGCACUUUUCACCCUCUCUUUGGGGUACCUCCUGUAUGCGGGUGUUGCUUUUGUCAUCGCCCGCGUGUUAUACGAAUUCUUUCUUUCGCCCCUCAGACACAUCCCUGGGCCGGGUCCCUCUAAGUACACAGACUUUUACAGGGCGUAUCUCACUACCAAGGGUCAUGUCGACAGUCAUUUUAGAUCCUGGCACCGGAAAUGGGGCGCUGCUGUGCGUGUAGGGCCUAAUACCGUGAGUAUUAGUGACCCGGAUCUAAUCAAGGUCAUUUACACAACCAGAAACCCCUGGCGAAAGACCAACAUGUACCGUCCAAACGAUGUUCUGGUCAACGGCCAACGCAUCCAAAACAUCUUCAACACCCAAGAUGAGGAUUUCCACCUCAAGUACACAAAGCCCAUCAGAGGUUUCUGGACUCUGCCCAAGAUGCUCGAGGCUGAACCUCUGAUGGAUGAAACUCUCUGUGAACUUAUUACUCACCUUGACAACCGCUUCGCCAGCACCGGAGAUAUCUGCAAGAUGGAUGACUGGGUUUCUUACUACGCCUGGGAUGCAGCCGCUAACAUCAGUUUCGGCCGCACCUACGGCUUUAUGGACAAGGGUGGCGAUGUAGAGGACAUCAUUGCUGAGAGCACUGCUGGACUCAAGUACUUUGCCCCCGUGAGCCAAAUCCCCUGGCUUGAUGAGUGGUUGGACAAGAACCCCAUCCAUCGAGUUGGUCCUCGCCCCCUUGUCAACGGAGUCAUCUACACUAUCAAGAUCCUCACAGAGUACCAACAACAACUGGCUUCCGGUGCCGCCAAGCGCAAGCCUGUGGACUUGUUCAUUGACAAGUACAACAGUCUCAAGGAAACAGUCGACUAUGUGGGUGAUCAACAGGUCAUUAACUGGCUUAUGCUCAAUGUUCUCGCAGGUGGUGAUUCGACCGCUGGAGCCAUGCGCGCUCCUGCUUACCAUCUCCUCAAGAACCCCUCCGUGUGUGAAAAGAUGGUCGCUGAGCUUCGAUCUGCGAAUCUGACUCUACCUGUUCCUCAGUGGAAGGAGAUCAGUCAGCUGCCCUACUUUGAUGCCGUCAUACGCGAGUCCAUGCGUAUUUCACCUGCUGUCGGUUUGAUCCUUGAACGUGAAGUUCCCAAGGAAGGAUUUGAGCUUCCGGAUGGUCGAUUCAUUCCUGCUGGUACCAAGAUCGGCAUCAACCCUUGUGUUGUCACACGUGAUGUCGGCGUUUUUGGAGAUGAUGUUGAUGUGUUCCGCCCUGAGAGAUGGCUGCGUGGCAAGGGAGAGACAGAAGAGGGCCAUGCUUCUCGGGUGAGACGUAUGCAUGAGUGUACUGAGUUGAUGUUUGGCCAUGGAUCCAGGGUUUGUAUGGGCAAGUACAUGUCCAAGAUGGAGAUGUACAAGAUGUUCGCGACACUUUACGUUAACUUUGAUGUACGAAUCACUGACCCGAGCCACACAUGGAAGUAUGAGAACAAUUGGUUCAUGUACCACAGAGAUAUCCCUUGCACAAUAAGUCGUCGCGGAAAGGCAUAA